GUUUAAGGAUGACGUAAAAAGUUCAAAUACGGUCUAAUCAAUAAUAUUACUAUGUCUAAUAGAAUCAAGAUUUAUAGAUUUUAAUCUAAAAUCCUUGAUAUAAAAUGGGCCACGAUUAUAGAUAAGACUUAUCUAUAAUCGUAAAAUAGGUAAUGAGUUUAGAGUUAUUACGUGGGUAAUACGAUAACUUGAUAGUAACCAUAGUUUGUAAUUGAUAAGAAAUUGCAAACUUCCCGCACGUUUCUGAAGUUUAAAAAUUACCGAAAUAUGAGUCAACUAGCAAGCAUUUGUAAAUUCUGUUCAGUAAACGUAAGUAAAUAUGUAUGCCCUAAAUGCGGAGCACCCUACUGUUCUUUAAAUUGUUAUAAAACUACCAAUCAUUUAGAAUGUACUGAACAAUUCUAUAAAGAUUGUAUUGGUAAUGAAUUAAAUAUUCAUGGCUCUAAUCAAAUGGGUCAGAAAGACAUGAUUGAUAUUCUUAAAAGAGUUUAUGGUCAAGAUGAAGAUUCAGAAACUGAUUCUGAUGAUGAAGAUUAUACAGAUUUGAGCGAACGUUUAAAAGGAAUUGAUUUAGAUGAUCCUGAACAAGUUUGGUAUCAGCUUACAGAUACAGAAAAAGCAGAAUUUGAGCAUCUUGUUAAGUCUGGUGAUAUCACUAAAAUAUUACCACAAUAUACACCAUGGUGGUGUUUGCCAAUUGAAAAAAAAAUUGUGUCUGAAUUUUGUGAUGACGUUGAAAAUUCAAAGAUUCCUUUGUUAAUUAAUAAUAUUAUAAGUUUUUCUUCUAUUUCAAAUAAAUCUCCAUCUGAAUUUGUUCAAUGGAAUUUAGUUAAUAUAUUAACAUCUUAUGUAUUUUUAAUACGCUAUUAUAAUGGGAAGCAUAAAUCGUAUUUAUCUGAGUUCGUAAAUGGCAUGUACAAUUUAUCACAAAAUCUACUUUCUAAUCAAAAUUUCGAGUCUUUCAGCACUGCUGUGAAAUCUGUUGAAUUGUGUAUUCUUGAAAUUGAUAUGUUUAAAGAUUCCACAGGCAGUUUUAAUCUUAUAAAAGAUGACUUGAUUGUUAUUUUUUAUAAUAACUUACAAGCAAACUGCAAUUAUAAUGUUAAACUGGCUCUGUGUGAUAUCUAUAGCUUGUUAAAAGAUUAUAAAAAUAAAAGCAAAUUAAAAUCUAAUGAUAAAAUAAAACAUGGAGAAUUUCAAAAAAAAUUUCCCGAUUCAAAAGCUAAUUUCUCAAAUUUUAUAGAUUCAAAAAAAGUCCGCUUGUUGAUUAAAAAAAUUGAAUAUUAUUUAUCUUGGGCAAAUGAAUUUCAGAUGCAAGAAGUUGAAAGCUAAUUUUAUAAAUAAGAUAAUUUUAUGAUUUGUAUAAUAUUUAAUCAAAUAUAGUAUGUUAUAAAGUUCUAAAAUUAAAAAAUAUCUUUUAUCUUUUUGAAUAAUUAAAAUCAAAUUCCACUUAGUAUUAUUGUUCAUUUUAAAAAACUCAGCACAGUGGAGUCACAGCAUUGUUAAACUGUAUCCAAGGCUAUUAAAUAAGUGAAGUUGCCUAAAAAUAAUGCAAACAAAUCCAAACCCACCACUGUUUCUUAUUUAGAGAAUUUCCAUGAAAAGAAAUAUAGAAAAACAUAUCACCUAACGGCAAAACCUAAUAACUUAAGCUUCGUAUCAAAACUAAAAUUAAUACUUUAAUCUACUAUUUAUAUGCAGUGUUCCAUCAGGUUUUAAUAUCUUAAAUAACUUUAGAUUAGUGGUUCUCAACGGGGACGAUAUCGCCCCCUAGUGGGCGGUGAAGUGUCACUGGGGGACAUUAAACUAGUUUUGGGCGGUAGGGGCGCAGUGAACUAGUUUAGGGGUGGUAGAGGAAUUGACUCGAUAUCGUGACAAGAGUACACUUAUCAAUCAUGUUAACGAGUAUCGAACUUAAUGUCGAAAAACUGACUAAAAACCACCAAGUUCAAUCAUCUCAC